AUGGCUUUAAAAAUAUUCCUGGGACAAGAGAAAACGUUUCUCACCAUCACAGUCCUCCUAGCCUAUUUGUCAUGGCAAGUGAUGUGUGAGACAGGAGACUGUCGACAACAGGAAUUUCGGGAUCGGUCUGGAAAUUGCGUUCUCUGCAAACAGUGUGGCCCAGGCAUGGAGAUGUCUAAGGAAUGCGGCUUUGGCUAUGGGGAGGAUGCACAGUGCGUGACGUGCAGGCCUCACAGGUUCAAGGAGGACUGGGGCUUCCAGAAAUGCAAGCCGUGCCUCGACUGUGCCCUGGUGAACCGCUUCCAGAAGGCGAAUUGCUCUGCCACCGGAGACGCCGUCUGCGGGGAAUGCCUCCCGGGGUUUUAUAGGAAGACAAAGCUGGUUGGUUUCCAGGACAUGGAGUGCGUGCCUUGUGGAGAUCCUCCUCCCCCUUACGAACCACACUGUACCACCAAAGUCAACCUGGUGAAGAUCCCGUCCGCGGCCUCCAGCCCGCGGGACACAGCCCUGGCGGCCGUGAUCUGCAGCGCCUUGGCCACCGUUCUGCUGGCCCUGCUCAUUCUCUGUGUGAUCUAUUGUAAGAGACAGUUUAUGGAGAAGAAACCCAGCUGGUCUCUGAGAUCACAGGACAUCCAGUACAAUGGGUCUGAGCUGUCCUGUUUUGACCCCCCUGGGGUCCACGAGUCUGCUCACCGAACAUGCUGUCAGUGCCAUCGCGACGCCCAGGCCUGUGGGCCUGUCCACCUGGUUCCAUCCCUGUGCCGUGAUGAGGCGCACGGCAUGGAGCGGGCCCUCGGCUGUGCUGUGCAUUCCAAGGCCCCGCUCCACGACAGAACUGCAGGUUCUGUGGGCGAGAUGAUGCCAACAUUCCUUGGCUCCCUUUCCCGGUCCAUCGGUGGUGAAUUUUCCGAUGCCUGGCCUCUGAUGCGAAGCUCCAUUGGUGGUGACAACAUCUCUUUUUGUGAAUCUUAUCCUGACCUCACUGGAGAAGAUAUUAAAGCCCUCCAUGCAGAAAAUGACAAGUCGACAUCUGUGGAUUCAAACAGUAGUCAGGAUUUGGCUGGUGGAGCUGUUGCCAUUCACACUGAUUCUGAAAACGUUACAGAAAUGAGUGAUUUAUCCAGACGUAACACCACGCCGACAGAGCCAACACUAGUUCACAGUACUCUACCUACUAGAUGCCAGCAAGAGCGGGAGAGUGGGUGUGUCGUUAACCUAGCCACUCCCACUUCCCUCCAGGUAAGGCAAUGCCUGCCAGGUCUCUGGUAG